AUGCAUGUCCCACAGCCAGAUGAUAACUCAGAAAGGCCAUACGAUGAGGUUAUCAUCAAGGUUGUCGACUACGCCUACGACUAUGAGGUUGUGUCAGAGCCGGCCUUAGCUCGAGCCAAGAUGGCCCUGAUCGAUUCCCUUGGAGUAGCCAUUGAGAGUCUAUCCCUGAGCAGUGAAUGUGCUGCUCUAGUCAAACCGCUACUUCCUGGCGCCGGUUCUGUCAGUGGAGGUUUCAAAUUGCCAGGAACGGCAUAUCAAAUGGACGUAUUACAGGCGGCGUUCAACAUGGGUGCAAUGAUUCGAUAUCUCGAUCAUAACGAUGCCUUCGCUGGGGCGGAAUGGGGUCACCCCUCUGAUAACCUUGGAGCUAUUCUCGUCAUUGCCGAUGUACUGACAAGGGAGGCACUGGCACAAGGGAAAGAAGAGGGGAUUAUCACCAUGAAACAAGUUCUGGUCGGUCUCAUAAAAUCUUACGAGAUUCAAGGCUGUUUUCAAGUCAAGAAUGCGUUCAACCGUGUUGGAUUAGAUCACACUAUUCUAGUCAAAAUCGCUUCCACAGCUGUAGUAUCUUGGUUAAUGGGCCUCUCACGGGAACAAGCGCGCUCAGCAGUCUCACACGCCUGGGUAGAUGGGCACCCGCUACGUACAUUCCGCCAGUCACCGAACACAGGGCCGCGGAAAGGCUGGUCAGCCGGUGAUGCAUGUAUGCGCGCAGUGCACCUAGCCACUGUGGCGCGAGCCGGCCAGCCAGGAAUUAAGACGCCGCUGACGGCUGCCCGAUGGGGAUUCUAUGAAGUACUAAACAAAGGCAAUGCAUUCGAGCUCCCACGACCAUUUGGCACAUGGGUGGUUGAGAACGCUAUCUUUAAGGUGCUGACUGCUGAAGGUCAUGGCCUGACUGCAGUCGAAGCCACGAUGGCAGCGAGCAAGCAGCUACAAGAGCGUGGUCUUGAUGCCACCAAAGACAUUAAAAGCAUUCACGUGCGCACGCAAGAAGCGGCCAUGAUUAUUAUCAACAAAAAGGGACCAUUACACAACCCAGCAGAUCGAGACCACUGUUUAAGGUAUAUAAUGGCCGUCGUUCUGCUAAAGAACGGUACCGAGGUAGAGACGGAGGACUACCAGGAUGAUAGCCCCUUUGCCAAUGACCCUCGAGUUGAGGCACUGCGGUCGAUCAUCACAAUGGAAGAAGAUCCCCAAUUCACGCGAGACUACCAUAAUCCAGAGAUCCGCAGCGUGGGCUGUUCUAUCGACUUCCAUCUGAUCGAUGGCACUGAAUUCAACACAAGACUUGAAUUUCCCCUAGGCCAUCCAGCGCGCAAUGAAGAAAGCUUUCCUAUGGUGCGGAAAAAGGCCAUCCGCAACCUAGAACUCAAGUUACCGAAGGCUGGAGUUACUCAGAUCAUGGAAACCUUGGACCAACCAAGUUUCGACUCUUUAGCCGUGAGCAGAUUUAUAGAUCUAUUUCAGGGGUGA